AUGGAAAUAAUCUGAUCGAAAUUUUCCUUUUUUUUUUUGUAUUCCGAUUCCUAGCUCGUGUGUGUGUAUAUAUAAUAAUAAUAAUAUAAAGCCUCUUUUGAUCAAUUAGAGACGAGGAGAUACAAUGUUCAAAAGACAUUGCUCGAGGGUGGUAUUGAGAAGACAUGGCUCGAGUGUGGAAGCAAUUCCACACGAUGUUGUAGAGCUGAUACUGGAGAGACUUCCGGUGAAGUCUCUGCUGAGAUUCAGGUCUGUGUCCAAGAAGUGGAAAUCUGCAAUCGAUUCCCCAAGUUUCCAGGAAAGACAGUCGAUCCGUCGUAGGCAAGCACGAGGUCCAGAUGCCCUUUUCGUCACCACUUAUUAUUUUGCUGAUGUUGGUCUGAACACAGAUGCUCGAAGGUUUGUGAUUGGGUCAUCAACAGCUUAUACGGUCAGGUUCCCUACUUUGGGCAGUUCGCUCUGCCAUGGUACUUGUGACGGUCUAGUAUGCCUCUACUCUGUUUUCGACCCGAGGGUCAACGUCGUGGUGAAUCCCGCCACUAAGUGGGAUCAAACUUUUCCUCUUUCCACCAUUCAACACUUCAUAAACGACAUGUCUGAAAAACACGUGUAUUUCACACCUCCUAAACUUGGAUUCGGUAAAGACAAACUCACCGGCACAUACAAGACGGUUUUUCUAUAUAACUCAUCCGAGUUUGGCCUAGACAACGCCACCACUUGUGAAGUUUUCGAUUUUAGCACUAAAGCUUGGAGGUACGUUCACCCUGCUUCUCCUUAUCGGAUAAAUCCUCACCGUCAUCCCGUGUAUUUAGAUGGUUCACUUUACUGGCUCACCGAGUGCGAAGAAGAUACCAAGGUUUUAUCUUUUGAUCUUCACACCGAAUCUUUCCAAGUCAUCUGCAAUGCUCCCUUUGCUCAUGUACCUGACGACCUUUAUAGCGUCACCAUUUGUAUCCUUGAUAAUCGCUUGUGCGUAUCCAAGAAAAACUGGCCCACCCAAGAGAUAUGGUCGUUCGAUUCUUCUUCAAGUGCGUGGAUGUUAAUGUGUUCGAUAGAUCUCACCAAAACUUUUUCUUGGUUUGGCGAACCCAAGUUUGCGCUCUCACCAGUAGCAAUUCUGGACAAGAACAAGUUGCUGCUCCAAGGUCGUGACUACUUUGACGCAUUGGUGAUACAUGAUCUAUGUACCAAAUCUUAUGAUAUUCUCUUCAAACCUUCUACCAGCCCUGUAGGUUCUGUUUAUUAUUUUGAAAGUUUGUUUUCUGUUUUAUCAAACCAAAUUUGGUUUGUUUAAGUGAAUCUUUGUAAUUUUGACA